AUGAAGUUUUCUCAUUCGAUACAGUUUAAUGCUGUACCGGAAUGGUCUUCGAAGUAUAUUGCAUAUACAACAUUGAAAAAAUUGAUAUAUUCGUUACAAAGAGAUAGCUUGAGAAGAAACCACUUACAUGGAGAUGCUGACGAUACUGCAGACUUGGAGGAAAAUGCACAUUUAGUUGGUGAACAUUAUUCAAGUACAGCACAAUUGGAUAAUGAAGAUAGCAACCCGGUUAGAGUAUUUGAAGCAGCUUUAAAUUCUGAAUUGAAAAAGAUUGAUAGUUUUUACAAACAACAAGAGCAGUUCUUAUUCAAGAGUAUUGAUGAUUUGGUGUAUGAUAUUGAGGUAUUUGAACAAGAGAUUGCUGAGAAUUUGGAACAUGCUGGAAAUAAGAAAUUCAGAUCAAGACAUGAUAAAGGUAGACGAUUUUCAGCAACUUCGAAUGAUAAUUAUAUCACUAAUACCACUGAUCCGGAUACUGAAUUUACUCAAGGUGAAGGUGAUGAUGAUGACGACGAUGAUGAAGGGGCGGAUUUGCAAGAAGAGAAUUAUAUUGAAGAGUUGGAGCGGGAUCGUAUACUUAGUUCCCAAACAAGAGGAAGACAGAUUAAGCGAGCUGGAUCGACACCUAUUAUCCCCCAUGGUGGAUCCAAUGGCCAUGAAUUACAGCGUACGAAAUCAAUUGAUGAUCAUUUAAAGUCACCAAAAUCACAACAGUUGUGGAAUGAAUUGACUAAUGUAACAUCAACUGAUAAUAGAUUACCACCACAAUUGCUUCUCCUCACUGAAAGUCGUAUUAUUCUUAGAAAGAGAACAAUUGGGCUAUACACUACGUUAUCUGAAUUGAAGUCAUAUAUCGAAUUAAAUCAAACUGGGUUCAAAAAAGCAUUGAAGAAGUUUGAUAAGUCAUUAAACACCAACAUUAAAGAAUCGUAUUUAGAGUCAUUACCUGAAAACUCAUAUAUCUUCAAAAAGACCACCAUACAAAAAGUGAAUGAAAGAUUGGAAUCAUUGAUCAAAUUAUAUGCAUUGAUUUGUAAUCACGGAGAUGAUUUAGAAUCUGCAAGACAAGAAUUGUCAAUACAUUUAAGAGAACAUGUUGUAUGGGAGAGAAAUACUGUCUGGAGAGAUAUGAUUGGAUUAGAGAGAAAGACAUAUGCGGCCAAUUCCAAGUUGGUAGAUAGAGCAGAAGGUGCAGUAAGUGACAAAGAAACUGAUUUGAAAGCAAGUGGUGGAAGUUUGAGUUCAUUCAAUAUAUCGAUACGGAACCCUGUACUUGUCAAGUUGGUUGUCAUUGCUGCUAUAGCCAUUAUUUUGCUCAAUGUGUCCCCCUUUGAAGAUGUUGCACAAAAGAAUUGUUUUGCCAUGUUGGUGUGUGCUUCUUUACUUUGGGCUACUGAAGCUAUUCCAUUAUUUGUAACUUCGUUGUUGAUACCUUUGUUGAUUGUGUUCCUCAAUGUGAUUAAGAAUGAUGAUGGGUCUAUCAUGGAUUCGGUAGAUGCAUCCAAAUUUAUAUUGAGUACUAUGUGGAAUUCUGUAAUUUUGUUGUUGUUGGGUGGGUUCACUUUAGCAGCAGCAUUGUCAAAGUACCAUAUUGCCAAAUUGAUGUCAACAUGGAUAUUGUCCAAGGCAGGGACAAACCCAUCAGUUGUGUUGCUUACCAUUAUGGGUGUCGCAUUGAUUGCUUCGGCGUUUCUACUGAAUGUUGCCGCACCAGUCAUGUGUUUGAGUUUGAUCACCCCACUCACUCGUACAUUGCCGAAAGGUUCACAGUUUAUCAAUGCUUUGAUAUUGGGAAUUGCGUUGGCUUCCAAUGUAGGAGGUAUGGCUUCACCUAUUGCCUCGCCACAGAAUAUUAUUGCCAUUGGUGCAAUUGAACCGCAACCAUCGUGGGGUCAAUGGUUUGUUAUAUCGAUUCCAGUUUGCGUGUUGACAUUGUUGUUAAUCUGGAUCUUUCUAUUAAUCACAUUCAAUUGUAACUCCAAGAAUACUCAUUUGGUGCCAAUUAGAAUGAUUGAUGACAAAUUUACUGGUAUUCAAUGGUAUAUUCUGGCAGUCUCCUUAGGAACUAUUUUAUUAUGGUGUUUUGCAUCAAAAUUAACUGGAAUAUUUGGAGAAAUGGGAAUUAUAUCGUUAAUUCCUAUGAUUUUAUUCUUUGGUUCCGGUUUAUUAACCACUGAAGAUUUCAACAAUUACCCUUGGAAUAUUGUUGUCUUGGCCAUGGGUGGAACUGCAUUGGGUAAAGCAGUUGCAUCAUCUGGGUUAUUGAAUACCAUUGCCGUUGAGAUUCAAAACCAAGUUGAAGACUUCUCAUUAUUUGGUGUUACCCUUACAUUUGGAUUGCUAAUUUUGAUCAUGGCUACAUUUGUUUCUCACACAGUUGCUGCAUUGAUUAUCAUUCCUUUAGUACAGGAAAUUGGAAACAAUAUGCCAGAACCACAUCCAAGAUUGUUAAUCAUGGCCAGUGCUUUGUUGUGUUCAGCAGCAAUGGGAUUACCAACUUCGGGUUUCCCCAAUGUUACUGCUAUUUGUAUGACUGAUGAGUUUGGUAAGCCGUAUUUGACUGUGAGUACAUUUAUAACUAGAGGUGUACCCAGUUCGUUGAUUGCAUAUGGAAUAAUUGUUACCAUUGGAUAUGCUACAAUGAAAAUUAUAAACUUUUGA